AUGGUUCUUUCUCCUGAGUCUAACACUGGUAACUUGACGAGACCGGCCUACCCUAAUGCUCUAGACGCGCUCGAUGAGGUUAGCGAUGAGAUUGCAGUUUUUCCUGCUAGGUGGCAUUCGUUGAUUGCAAGGUCUUCGCGACGAGGAUUCCACGCAGUAAGAAGGUCCCUGCUAGCGAUGUCUCGUGAUGACUCAGUCCGGCGAGGUCGAUGGACUUACAUCGCGACAAGGAGAAGACGACGGAAUUGCACGGUAGACGUGACGAGCGAAGCAGAGAAGCUUGGAUCGCGCGGUGGAGUGGACGUCGGCGUCGCGAGGCGAACCGUGAUGAGAUCAGCCCGAGAGAAGCCUGCGUUGCGAGGUGGAGACAAUGACGACAUCAUGAGGUGA